AAAGUUUGUUUACGUUUGAUUUUCGUGAAUUUCUCGUCAAAAAAAAUUAAAUUUCUCACAAUUUUAAACCGCAAAAAUGACUGCUAAUAAGACAGACUUGCUCGCUGUCUUGCAAGUUCUCAAAAGAUACAAUUUAAAGGGCACCGAAGAACUCUUGAAAAAAGAAGCAAAUCUCGAUGAAACAAGCACGCCACAAAUCGCCAACGAAGAAGUCACAAGUGUUCUCGCCGCCUACAAGAGCGAAGGCGACCCCAAUGUCUACGAAAACUCCUAUUUAGAGCUCCGUAAAUUCGUGGAAGAGUCUCUCGACAUUUACCGCUACGAGUUAUCGAUGAUUUUGUAUCCCGUACUUGUUCACAUGUACAUCGAGUUGCUUUACAACGGGCACGAGGACCAAGCGGCGCAAUUAAUGGCGAAAUUCGGACCGGAACAGGAAUAUUACUACCAGGACGACCUGAAAAAACUCGCAAUGGUGACACGAAAAGAUCAGAUUUCGGGAAAUGAUUUGACGGAAACUUUCAAAUCGAACGAUUUCGUUAUCCGGAUCUCGCGAGAUACGUUGUCGUUGCUGAAAAGACAUUUGCAUGAGAGAAAAGCCUCGGUUAUUAUGAAUAUCGUGAAUGAACAUUUGUAUUUCGACUUGUAUGAAGGCGUUGCACGAAACCGGCAGCAAUGCGAUGCCACAGCUGGCUCGAUGAUGGGCGAGGCGAAACGUCAGGAUAACAAAGUUAAAGUUUAUUAUGGAUUACUGAAGGAACCUGACCUGCAAACGGUGCAAGUAACGGCGCCCAUUGAGGAAGAUGACGAUUUGGAUGCAGAUGACAAGCCAAAAAAGAAGAAACCGAAAAAAGAUCCACUUUUUUCGAAGAAAAGCAAGUCAGAUCCGAAUGCGCCGCCAAUAGAUCGCAUUCCGUUGCCCGAAUUGAGGGAUGUGGACAAGCUGGAAAAGCUUAAAGCGUUGAAAGAAGCUUCGAAACGUGUGGCUUUAGGUCCCGAUAGUCUCCCGUCGGUCUGUUUUUACACGCUGAUGAAUGCCGCAUAUACCGUUACUUGCGCGGAGAUCUCUGAGGACUCGAGUCUCGUUGCUAUUGGCUUUUCGGACUCGUUAAUCAAAGUUUUUUCCUUGACUCCGGGUAAAUUGAGAGAAUUAAAGGCAGCAGAUGCGCUAAAAGAAAUCGAUCGUGAUGCCGAUGACAUUCUCGUUCGGAUGAUGGAUGACAAAAAACCCGCAGAAACCACGAGAACUUUCACCGGACACGCAGGUCCCAUUUAUCGGUGCAAUUUCGCACCCGAUCGAACCCUCAUGCUUUCAUGCUCGGAAGACUGUACGAUCCGUUUGUGGUCUCUGCAUACCUGGACUUGCCUCGUUGUGUACAAGGGACAUCAAUAUCCCGUCUGGGACGUGCGUUUUUCGCCUCACGGACAUUAUUUCGUAAGCGCUUCACAUGAUAGAACAGCUCGACUUUGGGCAACGGACAAUCACCAGCCACUUCGAAUCUUUGUGGGACACUUGGCUGACGUCGAUUGUUGCAUUUUCCAUCCAAAUUCGAAUUACGUGGCAACCGGAUCGAGUGACAGAACAGUCAGGUUAUGGGAUGUCGUCUCGGGAAAUCAUUGUCGCUUGAUGACAGGCCACAAAGCGCAAAUAAAUACUUUGUGUUUCUCGAAUUGUGGCAAAUUUUUGGCCUCCGGAUCGGCAGAUAAGCGAGUUUUGUUGUGGGAUUUGGCUCAUGGACACUUGAUUGCAGCGUUAACGGGUCACACAUCGUCAAUUACGAGCAUUUGCUUCAGUCGGGAUGGAACUGUGCUGACAUCUGCUUCCCUGGAUUGCUCCUUGAAGUUGUGGGAUUUUACGAAAUUGUGCGAAGAUAUCAGCGGGGAGAAUAUAAAUGUGUCCCAUAAUCCGGAUGUCAAGUCGGGCGAGCCUUAUUUACUUAGAACGUUCCCAACGAAAGCCUCGCCGAUCAUAACGUUGCAUUUUACGAGGAAAAAUUUACUGCUGGCGAUUGGAAUGUUGGAGUAUGCUCAAUAAAAAAAAAAGAUUUUUUUGUAAUUUUUUUUUAUUAGAACAAAUAAAAACGAAAAACAUGUCAAAAAAGCUUGAGUCCCUAAGUAGUGAAUGAAAGUUUUU